GUCGUUCCUUUCAUUAUAGCCUCUACAUCCCGGUGUGGGGCUGCCGUCACUGCUCUCCACGACAAGGACAACUGUAGCCUCACUCAACAGUCUCCCACAAGGUCCACCUUUGAGCUGCCAAUCCGCCGCAGCCCCACUGCUCUUACUCUGUGGUCGGAUCCCACCGGUCGCCAACUCCAGACCCAGCUUCAGGUUCUUCGAUCGGCGUCCUCCCGUUGGGUCCCGGCGAGGAGGAUGGAGACGAGCCCCAUCCCGGUCGUGACGGUCCAAACCGCCCCCUUCGACGACCAGCGGCCCGGUACCAACGGGCUGCGGAGGAAGACAGCGGUGUUCGAGGGCAAGAAGAACUACCUGCAGAACUACGUCCAGAGCGUCUUGUCCUCCAUCGACCUGCGGGACCGACAGGGCUGCACCAUGGUGGUGGGCAGCGACGGCCGCUACUUCAGCCGAGCUGCCAUCGAAGUGAUAGUGCAGAUGGCAGCUGCCAAUGGGAUUGGUCGUCUGGUAAUCGGCCACAACGGCCUCCUGUCCACCCCUGCUGUUUCCUGCAUCAUCAGGAAGAUCAAGGCCAUUGGUGGGAUCAUCCUCACAGCUAGUCACAACCCCGGAGGCCCUGGUGGAGACUUUGGAAUCAAGUUCAAUGUGGCAAACGGAGGCCCGUCUCCGGACACAGUGAUGGAGAGGAUCUACCAGGUGAGCCGGACACUUGAGGAGUAUGCCAUCUGCCCUGAUCUCCGCAUUGACCUCUCCAGGCUGGGGAGACAAGAAUUUGACCUGGAGAACAAGUUCAAACCUUUCCGAGUGGAGAUUGUAGACUCAGUUGAGGUGUAUCUACAGCUGCUGCGGAACAUCUUUGACUUUAAUGCCAUUAAGAGUCUCCUCACAGGACCAGAUCAGCUAAAGAUACACAUAGAUGCAAUGAAUGGAGUUAUGGGCCCCUAUGUACGUAGGAUCCUAUGUGAUGAGUUGGGGGCCCCGGCUAACUCCGCUGUCAACUGUGUCCCUCUGGAGGACUUCGGCGGCCGCCCUCCUGAGCCCAGCCUGACUUACGCCACCUCUCUGGUAGAUGCCAUGAAAGGAGGCGACUUUGGCUUUGGAGCUGCAUUUGAUGCGGAUGGGGACCGGUACAUGAUCCUUGGAGAAAAUGGCUUCUUUGUAAACCCUGCUGAUUCAGUGGCCAUCAUGGCUGCCAACCUCCCCACCAUCCCCUACUUCAGACAGCACGGCGUCAAAGGUUUUGCCAGGAGUAUGGCCACCAGCACUGCCCUUGACAGGGUAGCCAAAGCCAUGAAACUGGCACUGUAUGAGACUCCCACCGGCUGGAGGUACUUUGGGAACCUGAUGGACUCUGGACGUUGUUCCCUCUGUGGGGAGGAGAGCUUUGGGACAGGUUCAGACCACAUUCGUGAGAAAGAUGGUCUGUGGUCGGUGCUGGUCUGGUUGUCCAUCAUGGCGGCCAGGAAACAGGGUGUGGAGCAGAUCGUCAGAGAGCACUGGGCCAAAUUUGGACGCAACUACUUCUGCAGGUUUGACUAUGAAGGCCUGGAUCCGCGUGCAGCCUUCUACCUGAUGAGGGAUCUGGAAGCAGUGAUCUCAGACAAAGCCUUCACCAGCCAGAAGUUUGCUGUAGGAGACCACAUAUACAGCGUGGAGAAGGCCGACAACUUCGAGUAUAUCGACCCCGUGGAUGGAACAGUGGCCCGAAACCAGGGCUUAAGGAUCGUCUUCAACGAUGCGUCCCGCCUGGCGUUUCGUAAGAGCGGGAGUGGCGGAGGGAUGGGUGCCACCAUCCGCAUUUAUGCCGAGAGCUUUGAGAGAGACCCUGAGAGGCACAGCAGAGAGACACAGGUGGUGCUGGGUCCUCUCAUUGCCAUUGCCCUGAAGAUCUCCAACAUCCAUGAGAGGACAGGACGCCGUGGCCCAAAUGUCAUCACAUGAGCCAGCAGGAAAACGCACACCUGCACGCACACACAUGCGCAUUCAUCUACCUGCUCACACAGACGAAAAUCCCUUUUCUGACUUUUUUAAAAUGCCUUCUCUGUAGCUUCAGUUUCAUUUUUUAUUUGUCUUUAAAAGGGCGACUAAACCAGGGGGCUGCUUACCGCAGGAGUUUAUCUCUCAAAAAUAAAAUUAAUGCACACUAUUCUCAACUUUUUAUUGAGCAAUAUGAUCUGUCAGCUAUUGAAAACUUAGCAAAGUGUCAGUGUCUAAACCAGGGAGGCUAUUUAUUUAUCUCUAGGGAUAAGUAAUGAAAAAUGUGUAAACAGCAAACAAGUUUUCAAUGUGCAGACUGACCUUUAAUGCUUUUGUCAAGAGCUAUUGACUAAGGGAGCCUAAAAGAAGUUGUCCAUUUUUUUAAUCCACGCUGUUUUUGUACAACAGUGAAGUUUUCACUUUUCAUAUUGCUUGUACCUAUCCUCUCAUAUACAUUAAGUCACAGUGGGUUUUUUUUUUUGUCCAACCAUUUCAUGCAGAAGUAAUAAUUUUGUCAAAGUGUAAAAUAAAACAGGCAUUAAUCACAACUAAUAUAAAAUAGUGAAGUGAAUUACAAUGUUUGAUAUAAAAUGAAGUUAAAGCAUAUCUUGCUCUAUGAAGUGGGGAGUAGUCACACUCAUGUUUACUACCUAAGGACAUGGUAUUCAGAAUGUAAAAUAAUGGUGCCUUAGCAAGACAAGGAAUGAAGAAAAAAUAGAUUUUAAAAUGAUUUUACUUUUUUUUUCUUUAAUUUUUCAAUUUAGGCCUUUGGGAAUGCUGCAUAACCAUAUUUGAAUUUGUUAUUUCUUUUUUUUUUUUUUUUUUAAAUCCAAAUAAACUUUUUGUGUGUAGUGGUUGCAUUUAAUAAUCGAAUUGGACAAGUCUAAUGGGGACAAAUAAAAAUACAUCAGAGUGGGAUUUGUUGCCCUCAGGCAUUUUUGGAUUUUAAUUAAAACAAAUGCUUCAUAAUUAAGAACACCAUGUUGUGCUGAUACUGUAUAUCACGUGGUGAUUGAACAUCCUUGAGGAAAAAAAGGCUUUUGUUUGCCAAGUACAGCACCUGCCUUUGAACAGAGUGUGAAAUGUGUUGAAGCUGUUGUGUUGUGAUAAGAAAUGAAGAGGGUUGAUCUUUAUACGGCCUGAAUGAGACACAGAGACCAGGAACUCAUAAACACACUGAUUGCCAUCAUUAUGAGUUGAGGAUAUGCCAGUGGAUAUCCGCAAGGAUGUGUUCACUCAGUCAGCCAGACAUUACCUGUCAGCCAUUACAGGUUAUUGCCCCAUCCAACUGUUUUAUAAUGUCAGGGGUUAUUUCUGAAGGUUGGAUGAGGAUCAAUGCCAGUUUGUCACCUUUGAAUUUGUAGCUAAGAAGACGGUUUAGGUUUGAGCUGAAACUGUCCAUGUUUCAGAGGCUAGUGUCUAAUAGGUAGGGGCAUGAUUAGUUAAAUACGUUCUUUUAAAGUACUUGUUAAAUUUAGAUAGUGUCAGUAACCAGCCCUUUUCAUUUGUGAAGCUGCAAAGGUGCAUGCCAGUGCAGAACAUUAUUGCUCCACCUGUGUUUUUAUUGUGGUGAACUGUUCCACUGAGCUGUCAGGUGUACUUCCGAGAGUACACAUAAUCUGUUGAAACAGCUUGUUAGGACAUCUCACGAUGUCAUACAUAGGAAAUGUACAAAUUCAGCACAGAUGUUUUUUGCCUCAGCAGUCAAAGACAUUAUUGGGCUCAGUAAGAGCCAUAGUAUACAAAUAUACUUAAUGGACCACCGUGCUGGUGGCAAAUAUUUUAAACCACGUAAAGACCACUAACUCACUGUGCUCUGUGUUCCUAUGUCCACUGAGCUAUUCGUUUAUUUUAUUAUUUACAAAGCCGCUCUGGUCAGACGUUCAUUACAUAUGUGCAAAGUUAUUUCACAAAGUCCAUCUUGUAAUCAUUAGCUCAGAUUGCCAGACACAUAGUUUAUCUGCUGUCCUUAAUGUAAAGACCGGGAUUGGAAAGAAUGACGUAAUGUUUUCUGCUCCAGCCACUUGGAAUCGUCUAUAAAAGGAAUUUUACUUGACAAAUCCUCAUUUUUAGCCUAAUUUUAGUAUUAUUAUCUAUCUUCGUAUUUUUUUUUAAUCCACUGUCUGAUUUUGUAUUGUUUUUUCAGCAACUUUACAUGCUGCUGUCUUGACCAGGUUUGCAUUGCAAAAGAGGUUUUCAUCCUCAGAGAUUAAAAAUAGAAUUGGGCAUAAAAAUCUAACAUAUGGGAUAUUGUGGUGGCCUAAGGAUCUGAGAUACUGCCCGUGUAAUUGUAAUAUUCCUGGUUCAACUCAGACUGGGGACAUUUGUUGCACGUUGUCUGUUGUACACUAUUUACUGUAGUGUAAUACAGAUUCAUUAUUGUCAGACAUUUUCAAGUAGGAACGCUCUAUACAUAUAGUCAACUUUAAAAAAUACAGUUCUGAGUGUUGAUUACACCUAUUUUGAAAACAUAUCAGGUAAGACGAUUUCUUCUUAAAGACUAAUUUAUGAAGAUUUGUUCUAAAAUGUCUUGAAGAGUUCAAAAAGACAUUUUCAUAUUUCAUAAUGAAAGACAAGUCUACCAAAGAAACAUUUGGAGCAAAAGCAAUAUAAUGACACAGUACAGGUUUAGCACCUUGACAUUUAUAUUCCAUAACACAAACUACCCUCGAACAGGGGUAGUAUCAUUGACUUCUAUACACACAGUAAAAAAAAAUUUGAAUAGUGUACAAAUUCAACUACAGUGCAGGUAAAAAUAAACAGUCUGUCAGUUCGGACCUCCAUGGAUCCAAGCGUGUUCAUUCUGUCCUCCGUUAUUUGUCAUCAGCUUUGCAACUCAAAUGUGAAGCUCAUCCUUGCUCCUCCUAGGAAAGCAGAGACCAAACCAUUUGAGUAACAUCACCAAAAAAACAGUUUAACUGAACAGGCUGCACCUCAACACCUCGGGGCUGAAACAGGCCUGUUAGCAGUCUGUUCAAAAAUUAGUUCAGAGUUCAGAGGUAGAGCACUGGGCACGGGUUCAUAGCACAAAGGUGGUAUCAACACGCCUCUGUGGUCCAUCAUUUGGCAGCCGAACAAUCCAACCACACAAGCCCUUUCCCAUUUUUUUGGAACUUUUCUCUCCUGGCUCAGUCUGGAAGUCACGCCUCUCUACAAUCAGCAAUUCUCCCUUUUCUCUCAGACAGUUAGGCAAAAACAUUUC